AUGGCCGACCGCGACGUGGUUCCGGACGAGAACCUACUCCAGCAUAUCUUCGCCAACAACCAGCCCUCUUCAACAUCAAUCAUCCUCCAAACCUGGGACAAGUGCAUAUUCACCGCCAUCUUCCCAAAUCCCCUCAAAAACGGUCAACAUUCAUGCAUAGUUCGGUUAGAGGCCCGAAAUGGCGAGUCUACCCCCAUGCAAGAAAUCGCUGCCACCUACAUUCCCGGCCUUGUCCUCGAGACUCUCCAAGUCGGCAGCGCAAGCAACGAACAAGGGAGGGAAUUCGAGUUUUGUGUUAUGGAGUUUGUUGAAGGAAUCACCUUGCAGGAAGCUUGGGAUAAAAUGACUGGCGAGGACCGGAUAUCUGUCACCGCCGAAGUUGUCGAGGCUUUGUCGAAGCUGCAUUCUGUGCGACUGUCUGACGCCAAAGUCCAAACGAUUCUGCGUCGGGUACUUGGUGAAGGAGGUGACGAGGUUCUUGAGAAGGCGGUUAUCGGGGGGCUCUCAACGGGACUUUUGAACGAUGGGCCCGCUUUGCUGUCUGCUAUCGAGGAGAGGCGGAAGUUGAAGAAGCCUUUCUACGCCAUUCAACCACUCGAGAAUCCAAAGGGACUUGUAAUCGAGUCCAGUUUUGAAGAUAUUGGCUCAACCACAGUCAAAGCGGUAUUCUGCCACAACGAUCUUACGCCUCGCAAUCUAAUCCUCCAGUCCAGUGAAGGCCCCGGCGGAGAUAUGAAAUACAAGCUUGUCGCCAUCAUCGACUGGGAACUUGCUGGCUUCUACCCUCCAUCGUAUCAGCUGAGCCUACAAGAUACGUAUCUAAGCGGCGGUAAUCAACAUCUUUCGUUCUACUUGCUACUCAAAGAACGAAUGAAGGACACCGUUCCUGCAUCUCCGUCGCAGGUUGCCCUCUUGCGAGCCAUGGAGCUUAUCUUUGAGUCGCAGCAGCGGAGGUUUAGGGAGAUGCUGCGGUUGUCCCGGGACGAGCAUCCGUAUGUGGGCUGGAAAUGCGACACAGAGGGGGGAGCAUUCCCCGAGCUCUCGCGGGCUGAUGCUGAGCAACUAGAGGAUGAUGUUAUUGAAGAGAUGGAGAAGAGAAGAGAAGCAAAAGCUAAGCUAGGUUAG